GUAGUGAAAAUUGUCAUUAAAACCCAAACCCAUAUUUUCCCAAUCAACAUAUAAACCUAGUUUCCUCACCUCAUAUUAGGGUUUUUAUUCUUCUCUUCUCUGCAUUUCUCACACCCUCCCUCUCUCGUCGGCUGCUGCAAUUCUACAGAAAUGGCGCCAGAGAAGAAGUUGUCGAACCCAAUGAGGGACAUCAAGGUCCAAAAGCUCGUGCUCAACAUCUCUGUUGGUGAGAGCGGUGAUCGUCUUACCAGAGCUGCUAAGGUGUUGGAGCAACUCAGUGGCCAAACCCCUGUUUACUCCAAAGCUAGGUACACUGUCCGAUCCUUUGGAAUCAGGCGUAAUGAGAAGAUUGCUUGUCACGUGACUGUUAGAGGUGACAAGGCAAUGCAGCUACUUGAAAGUGGUUUGAAGGUCAAGGAAUACGAGUUGCUCAGGAGGAACUUCAGUGAGACUGGAUGCUUCGGCUUUGGUAUCCAAGAGCACAUUGAUCUUGGGAUCAAGUAUGAUCCUUCUACUGGUAUUUAUGGUAUGGACUUCUACGUCGUGCUUGAGCGCCCUGGAUACCGUGUUGCCCGUCGCAGAAGGUGCAAGGCCCGUGUUGGAAUUCAGCAUAGAGUGACCAAGGAGGAUUCAAUGAAGUGGUUCCAGGUCAAAUAUGAAGGAGUUAUCCUUAACAAGGCCCACAACACCGGAUCUUAAGUUCUGUUGCCAAUCUAUGUUAAACUUCUGUUCCAUCUUAGCCUUUCCCGAUUAGGGUUGAGUUGAAUUACUAGUGAAAAAGUUUUGACCAUUUUGUAGUUUUCUUUGUACUGCUGGAUCUUAGUGGUUCUAGAUUUUUUUGCUAUGAUGCAUUACGCUGCUUAUACAGAUUGUCAUUACCAUCGUACUUCUAUUAACAUCAAUCGAGUGCUGUAGUUUGAUCAGCUUUCCUUGAUUUA